CUGUAUUAAUCACAAAUAUCCCUACUACUUCUAAUUCCCAAACCAGAGGCUGCUUCUCUUCUAAUUCCUCAACCCUUCAUUUUUCCUUAAGAAAAAUCAUCAUGAGCUGGUCAGGAGGAGAUUGGAUGUGCGGUGCCUGCCAGCACACAAAUUUCAAAAAGCGGGAUGCAUGCCAACGUUGUGGAUACCCAAAAUACGGAGGCCCAGAUCCAUCCACAUAUAACACGACAGAGGUGUUGGCUGGGGAUUGGUUUUGCAAUGCCAUGAAUUGUGGUUCUCACAACUAUGCCAGCCGAUCAAACUGCUAUAGAUGCGGUGCAUAUAAAACUCAUGAUUAUGCUGCAGCUGGAUAUGGGUCCGCUGCCAGUCAUGUCCCACCUGGUUGGAAAACUGGCGACUGGAUUUGCUCUAGAAUGGGAUGUGGAGUGCACAAUUAUGCUAGCAGGACGGAAUGCUACAAAUGCAACACACCAAAGGAUUUUGGUGGUGCAGUUUAAUCAGCAAGACUUUUGAAGGUUCUCGUGUGAAAUCACUAAUAUCUCUCUUAUCUGAUCCCCGACCAAACACUUUUUUUUUUUCUCACUUUCCUUUCUGAAGAUAAUUAAGCUCUAGAGUGAACAUUGUUAAAGGCUUUUAGAUAAGCAUAGCCAUGUGUUCGCAUUAGGAAGGGUUUGUAGCUUCAUUAAUGUUUGGACGUGCAAAGAUGUUCUUACGUACAUGAAGUUAAUGAAAUCCCUUCUUUUCUAUUUAAUAUAUGCAGGUACUAUGUUUUUAAUA